UGCAAUUUCAAUUCAGGCUUUUGUUCGAGGCUUUUUUGUGAGGAAGGAAAUGCAUUUAGCCAAGGCACGGCAACAAAGAGACGAAGAGCGGAAAUGCAUCAAAGCCGCUGAAUCAUCUACUCUGAUUCAGUCACAAUGGCGAGGGUCUCGUCAACGUUAUAAAUAUAUGCUAUGCAGAGUUGCUGCRAUUUCAAUUCAGGCACUUGUUCGAGGCUAUGUUGUGAGGAAGCAAAUAUAUUUAGACAAGGCAAGACAGCAAAGAGAGGAAGCUCUGAAGACCGAAGAGCUGAAAUACUGGAAAGCAACUGAAUCAUCCCUUAUGAUUCAGUCCAACUGGCGAGGUUCUUUGAGACGCACUGAAUUCAUGACUUUUAAAGUUGCUGCAAUUUCUAUUCAGGCGCUUGUUCGAGGUUUUGUUGUGAGGAAAGAAAUCCAUUUAGACAAGGCAAGACAACAAAGAAUGGAAGAGCUAAAAUACAAGGAAUACAAUGAAUCAUCUAUUUUGAUUCAGUCACAUUGGCGCGCUUCACAACGGCGCAGUGGAUAUAUGCAGUAUAAGGUUGCCGCGAUAAUGAUUCAAGCUAGUGCUCGUGGUGCUUUUAUUCGGACACAAUAUAAAUAUAAAUCCAAUCGAGGUUCCAUCAUUUUCAUUCAAAAAAUGGUCAGAGCGCAUCUUUGUCGGAAACACCUCUACGAGCUUCAUGCUGCAGCUAUCCAGAUUCAGCGUGUUUGGAAAGGGAACGUAGCAGUCCGAAUGUAUCGCAAAGUGACCGAAUCAACCACGAUGAUCCAAUCGCAAUGGCGAGCAUCAAAAACCCGGGGUGAAUUUGCUGCGAUGAUUAUCCAAGCCAUGACACGUGGUGCUCAAGUUCGUUCGCAAUGGCGUUUUGUCCGGAUGCUGUCAAAAAGGAAGAAGAUCUUCAACGUGUCAGCAAGAAGGAUCCAGGUUGCGUUCAUUCUUUGGAGGAUGAACAUUGCGCUGUGGGAAGUGAAAUCAUUGGCCGUUUUAUUGAAGAGAGGUAUCCGUGGGCAACUAGCGCGUUCUGUUAUUCACUAUGCACUAAUACAUAUGAAUUCUUUACGCAAUUCAAUGAYUAUUGAAUCAUUCGACCGAGUCCUCAGGAAUAAAGAUACAUACCGAGGCAUAUCAGGGAUGAUUGCAUGGCAUACGGCUGUGUCCGAUAUUAGGACAUCGGCUUCGAUUUUGAUCCAGAGCUAUGUAAGAACAUUUAUGACAAGAAAUCAAGUAAUGGAGGAAUUUGGAUUCGUAUUUGACAAAAGAUUUGUCUACGAAACACCAACGGCAAUCAGUGAACACGCUGCUAUUGCCAUCCAACAAAGUUUCCGUGAAUGGCUGAAAUUGCGAAGUUCUUCUGCGGUUUUGAUUCAGAAGUCUGCUCGAGGGUGGAUUUCCUGGAUUACAUACAAUAAUGUUAUACUGCCAGCACAUCACGAAUCGAGGGCGAUGGCUGCMACAAAGAUCCAAACUAUUCAUCGUUAUCGWAAGCAAAGGUAUCGGUUCACUCUUCGAAAGGGAGCCAUUGUUCAGAUCCAAACGGUCUGGCGUGGCUUCCAAGCCCGAAAAUUAYUAAAAAACUAYGAAGCCCAGCGCUGUCUUAUGCUAAAGGCUUUCGCAAUUUUGAAACUCCAGGCCCUGUAUCGAGCACGAAAACAAAGGGUUAGAUUUCUUGUCCAAAGGAAAGGAUCAUUAAAGAUUCAGAAUUUUUGGCGUAGAGUUUUCACACGCAAAUCGUUCAUCAAAUGGAAAACUGCAGCUGGCAUAAUUCAGAUGACCUAUAGGUACUACAGGCAGCGCAAGGCGCAUCAGUACAUGCUGGUUUCCUGCGUUGUCAAAGUUCAAAGUCUGGCCAGAAAAUUAACCGCGCGAAGGAUGUUUUUGGAAAGGCGACGUAUGUUCGAGAUUCAGGCAGAGCUAUCUCUGAACCAUUUUUUGGAACAAACAAGGGAUGUGAGUGCCUCGAUCGCAGAAGACUUGCUAACAAACUCCGACUCAAUGACCAACGGACCGUGCAUGAGAAGGCUGGCAGAUCGCGUCAAUGACACCCUGAGAGAAGCAAAAUUGGCUUCCGAUGAAGUCGUUCCCGACUUUGUCCACCGAUUCAGAGCCGUUAUUCCUCUUCCGUCUACGGCUCGAAAACCCGCGUCACCGGCUCUGUUGCGUUCCAAAUCGACCGACACGGACACCCCUGUCCGAGGCAACAGGGCAGUCCCAAACAAGGCWGCACCAGAAACCAAGAUCGASCAUACGAGUACUAGCUCCAAGCCGGUGUCUCCUGUUGCCUCGAGCUCCGGCGGRCGAAACGUGUUCAGGACUGCCGGCGGGGCAGGAAAUGUCCUUGCAAAUCACGAAUUCGAACUCUUGCGCGAGAGGACCACCCGGAAGAACCGGGYYGACGCAUCCCUGCCACAACGCACACCGAAACCGGCGUCCCCGGAUCGGAACGGCCGGGCAUCGUCCUUGUUUGGCCGAGAAGAAAAGCCGGGAGUCCCGGGGGGCGAUCCCCACCACGGGCGUGCCUCCAGCGAGGAGAGCGGCCCGGACGAUUUCGGCGAGAGGUCGAACAUGCCGUCGCCGAUUCGAUCGAAGGAGACCGAGCCCGGCUGGGACUGGUCGUCGUCGUGGUGAGAAAGGCAGAACUCGUACGAGCAAAGGCCCCCUGCACAACUAAAGAAUAACACUAUAACAAAAUACCGACAACGAG